AUGCGUUGGUCACAAAUAAUGAACGCAAACGCGCUGCGGGUGUACUUUAGGCCAAAAGGGGAGGAAACUGGAAGUUUAGCGUAUCGGCCUCGGAUGCAUCGCUUUUUUGCAGAGCUGGAGCCAUCUCUAACCGUCACUGAGCAAAACCUGGCAGUUCAGGUUUGUUACAUUCUGCGCUCCAAGAUGUUAGGUGACGCCGAACUCGAACGACUACGACGUGAGGCUGUUCCGUCAUCGUAUGAAAAUGCUAUGGGUAUGCGGCGCCACGAAUUGCAUAGCAACCUUACAUACGUGGAUGCCACCGUGGAUAUUCUAGCUGUGGUUGAUUCAGACGAUUAUGGAAUAGUCUCCCACGAGCUAAAAAAUAAUGAGGAGCAUAUUGGAAGAGGCGAUGUUGGAAACGCGCAGUACGCCUCUCGAAAAUCGACCGCGACUUCCCCGCAUACCCCUAAGCAAGCGGAAUCGGGCUGUCGUGCAGGCUCUUAA